UUGCCGAGUCAGUGUGGUAAUGAAGAAGAUAAGAUAAGCCCGCCUCGGACGAUCGAGGCUCCCUCUCGAGCUCGGAACGCUAGGCGUUAUCACCUGCGCAAAGCCGGCAUCGUCUCUCUUAUACCUGCACCUCUCGGUUCCCUCAGCGCACUCGAGCACCUCGCUUGCAGUCAAGAACGAUGUCCGAACUCUCUUACCUCUCGCACGCCCGCUACGGCAAGGACAAGGUCCGCGUCUUCCGCGUCGUCCGGGAUGGCGCAUGGCACAAUGUUUUCGAAUACAACGUUACCGCGCUCGUAGAGGGAGACAUCGAGAUCAGCUACACCAAAGCAGACAACACCGUGGUGGUCGCAACGGACUCUAUCAAAAACAUCACCUACUACCUCGCCAAGACCUCCCCCCACGUCCUCCACCCGGAGAGGUUCGCGCUCCAUCUCGGCACACACCUCGUCUCCAAGUACGCGCACCUGAAGAAGGCGUUUAUCACUAUUGAGCAGCUCCGGUGGCAGCGCAUCCCGAUCGCGCAGGGCGAGGGUCAGACCCCGAAGCCACACUCGCACGCGUUCUACCGCGAUGGAGACGAUACGCGCGUGGUCGAGGCUGAGAUCGAUGCUACCGCGGGCAAGGACAAGAUCGUCGCGCAUGUGACCUCCGGCGUGCGCGGGCUGCUCGUGCUGAAGACCACCGGCUCCGCGUUCGAGUCGUUCGUGCGUGAUGAGUACACGACGCUCGUCGAGGUCGACGACCGCAUCUUCUCCACCUCGAUCGACCUCACCUACAAAUACGCCCCGCUCCCCAUCCCCGCGCCGGCUGACGGCGAAGGGAAGGUCUUCGACUACGCGCCCACGGCAGAGGCGGCUAAGGGCACCGCGUGGGACGGCGACGCCGUCGCGGCGGUCGCGCGCGAUAUCACGCUCGAGGUCUUCGCGCUGGACGAGAGCGCGAGCGUGCAGGCGACGCUGUACAAGAUGGCGCAGCGGAUGAUCACCGAGCAGCAGCACGUCCUCAGCGUGACGUACAAGCUUCCGAACAAGCACUACGUCCCCGUAGACAUGAAGUACAUCGGCAUCGACAACAUGUCGCCUCCGAAGGCCGAGGUCUUCCUUCCCCUAUCCGCGCCCAGUGGUCUCAUCUCUGCCACCGUGUCGCGCAAGUGAGGGCUAUCAAGACGAAUGGGCAAUGUAUCCGCAGGUAUAUAGGGCGACUAGUUGUAGUCUGUAUAGCGUGGCGAUGUUUGUAGGCUAUCGAGAAGAUAAACAAGGGACAUAGCA